UAACGUCAUCCACAACAACAACAACAACAACAACAUUGUUGGGACACACCAACACCGCCACCACCGCCGUUGUCGCCGCCGCAUCACCCUUUCAACUGAGCUUUCAAAUGGGUGCCGCAGAACCUGUGGUUGUUGUUGACAGAGAGAAUGAAACUGAAGCUGAAGUGAGAGAAGAAGGGGAUGCAAAGAAUAAGGUUGAAGAAGUGAAGGAUUUGGAGAAAGGGAAAGUGGGUUUUGAAGAGAGAGUGAUUCAUAGCAAUGAUGUUAGUAAUGGUGGUGAUGUUCAUAAUUAUCAUGAAGAAUUUAAUCUCUCUAGGUUCAACAGAUUGAACCCCACUAACCCUUUGAGGAUUGUGAUUAAUAGCUCCACCAGAGUUGCAACUCCUCCUCCUGCUGCUCAAUCUCAACAAUCUCAACCUCAACCUCAAUCUCAACAAUCUCAACGUUCUCACACACGUUCUACUCCAACCCCACCACAACAACAGCAACCAGUGACCCUGAAUUCCAGAAAAUAUACCAAUAGAAUAUCCCUGUUUCUAUUUGUUGUCCACAUGUUUAUAGCUAUUGCACUGGUGUGCUUUCUUGUGUUCAAGGGAAUUCAAGGGCUUAUCCAAGCAUCAGAUUCUAUGAAGAGGAAAGAGAAAAACGUGUUAAAGUAUUUUCUUCCUCAAGUGGAAGCAGCAGCUUUUAUGAGCAUAAUUCUGGCAUUCAUUUGGCAAGAGGCAAUUAGGAGAUGGCCCACAUUUAUGGUUCAUUUCAUAUUGUGGUUUACUUUUUUGAUGUCUCUGGCUGCAGGGAUUCUUCUCAUUUGCUUCCAAAAGGCUCCCACUGAUGGUGUUGGUGUUUGUUUCAUUGCUUUUGCAAUUGGAAAUGGCUUAUAUGCUUGUUGGGUUAGUCAUAGAAUUAAGUUUUGUUGUAAGAUCUUGAGUUUAUCACUUGAACCUGUCUCCAACUUCCGCGAUUUGAAUCGACCAACUUAUCAUAUGCUUUGGGCUGGAUUCUUGUGGAUAUCUCUAUGGGUUUUAGCAGUGAUUGGAGCAUUGAACUUCUAUUUUCCACCUUUGGUCAUCAUUGCAUUGGUGUUGAGUUUGGCUUGGACUACAGAGGUCAUGAGGAAUGUUGUUAAUAUCACUGUUAGUAGGGUUAUUGCUUUGUAUUACCUUAGAGGAAUGCAAUCUAGUACUCCAUUUUGCUUUCAGAGAGCAUUGACCCGGAAUCUUGGAAGUGCUUGUUUGGGGUCUCUCUUUGUGCCAACAAUUGAAGCACUGAGAAUUGUUGCCAGGGCACUGAAUUUGCUUGAGGGAGAAGAUGAGUUCAUGUUUUGUUGUGCUCGUUGUUGUUUGAGACUGAUGGAAUCCGUUUUCAGAAAUGGCAAUGGUUGGGCAUAUGUACAGAUAGCAGCAUAUGGAAAAGGUUUUGUAAUGGCAUCCCAACACACUUGGGCCCUCUUUGAGAAUGAAGACAUGGUGCAAAUUGUGGACUCUGAUAUAACCAGCUCAAUUUGCUUCCUCACAGGAGUUUGCAGUGGUGCUAUGUGUGUCAUUGUUGUGGCUGCUUGGACUCACACAGUACACCGAAGUUUCACAGCCACCCUAUCCCUCCUCACAUUCUUCAUUGGAUACCUUUUGACUAGGAUAGCCAUGGCAGUGCCUCAUGCAUGUGUGAGUUGUUACUAUGUGUGCUAUGCUGAGAAUCCAGAGAACAGACUAUUUGAUAAAACAAUUAAGGAUCGUCAAGCCUUGUUAAAAACUCGCCGUGAUGCUGUUGUGCGUACACCAAGGGGCAUGACUAGGAGGAAUCCAAGGACUUAGUGCGCCAAUUUUCUUUGUAAUUUUCAUGUUCAAGUUCAUGGUGGCUUCAAGAUAUUAUGACCAAAAGGGGCAUGACCAUGACCAAAAAGGGUUGAAUUGAAGUCAAUAUAUCCAUGAUGGCUAAGAAGGUGGUUUUGUUGAGAAUGGUUAAGCCAUUAUUGGAUAUUUUCGUAUUGGAGCAAAUGGGACUAAUCAACAAGCCCACUAAAAAAAGUGACUUGUCGUCCUGUCUUUGUUCUAUUAUGUACAUUUUUUGCAUAUUACUUAGUAUAUUCCAUAAGGUGAAGCCGCAUCACUAUUCUAUAGUAAGAUGUGCGUAGAAGCCACUAGCUUUUUAUUUAAUUAUUCUUGCAAUUGUUUAACGAUCUCCAUGUGUUAUUUAAAAAAUAAAAUAAA